AUGGAACCCAAACCUUGGAAGAGUCCAGGCAAACAAUUUACAUAUUAUUAUGAAAAUGAAGUCUGCAAACAAGGUUACUUUAUUAAAUCACCACCUCCUCAGCUUUUCUCCUCAGCACCCUCUUGGAAAAAGAGGUUUUUUGUCCUGUCAAGGAGUGGAGAGAAGGGCUUUAGUCUUUCCUAUUACAAAGACCACCAUCACCGAGGUUCCAUUCAAAUCGAUGGAAACUCCAGUGUAGACGUUGGCAUAAGUAGCCAUGAAAAAAUGCGAUCCGUACAGAAGAUGUUUAAGUGCCAGCCCGAUGAGGUGAUGUCCAUCAGGACCACUGGCAGAGAGUACUUCCUCAUCGGCAGCGACAGGGAGAAGAUUAAAGACUGGGUCUCGUUCAUGUCAUCAUGCAGCCGGGAUGUGAAAGCAGCAGGCCAGAAUGCAGAGGAGACACUCUCAUUGGCUGCUAAAAGGCCCUCUUCGGACCCCAGCCCUCUCCUGGGUUAUUCCGGCACAUCGGAGACCAUCGGCUCCACCACGUCCAGAAAUACUCUUCCAGACCUGCAUUUAAUGGAAACAAGUUCUCCAGGACUCAGACAAGCUCAUCUACUACAUGAUUUCUCGCCAGAGACCACUCAAGAUACGGAAGAAGAGAGUCAUUAUAUUAGUCCUCGGAGUAUUCUUUUGGAGUUGGAUAAUAUCAUUGCUGCCAGUGAAUCUGGUGAACCCAUUGAAUGUGGUAAUCCAGAUCAGGUCUCUGAAAGACUUGAGCGCCAUUACAUGUCAAUGAAAUCCUGUUUGUUCAAAGAGACAGCCGAUGAGUCUGCUAAUAACAAAGAGGAAUUCCAGGCCCUUCCAGAGACCCUGCUCAGGGGGCUUCAUCUACAAGAACAAGGUUCCAGGAGUGACUCUUGCCUUCCACCUGCCAAAACGGAAGCCCAGACCAUGAAUGGCAAAAAGGGUAACAUUCCUGACGAAAGCCACGUGGAGAAACUGAAUGUGUUCCUUUCUCCUCUUGAUGUCACCAAUUACCUGGAUCUCACAGAAGCCGCAGGUCUGAUAUGUGUGGCUGCGUGGAAGGGACCCCCACGCCUGGGGUGCUUAUUUUUUCAUGGAGACCACCUUUUGGCCGUGAAUGACCUAAAGCCCCACAGCCUGGACGAGGUCUCCUUGUUUCUCAGCCGGUCCAUCCAGAAGGAGAAAGUAAAACUCACCGUAGGCCGGAUCCCAAAUUCUGAGAAAUUCCACGCCAUAGACUGUCCAUGCACCUUAAAAUACCAAGAUGUUGUACCUUUUGAACUGGGAAAGUCUGAACUGGAGAGGACACUGAAGAGGAGCCCAGCCAUUACAAAGGGUCAUCAGAAGAGAACUGGAGAGUAA